UAUUGCUCAAAAUAACUGCAUUACUGUACUGAUCGUCGUGCCCACUUUCCGGGUUUUCUGUCUGUCCAGUCCUCUCACCCCCUCCCUUCGGGAGCGCACUUUUGCUCGCAAACACUCAUCUUUAUCGCACUCUUACCCAAGUCUCGUGUUUGUUGAGUUUGGCACGCGCAACAUCACACUGCUCGCUGUGUCAUCUAAAUAUGUCGAUGUAAACGAGAAUAGUGCAAAGAAAAGCCGAGGGAAGAUGAAAGCGUCUCUUCUGUGGAUGCUUGUCUGUUUGGGGACUGCGUGUUGUCAGCUUGGCACCGGUGAUAGAUACGGCUGUCUGUUUGAUGGAGGCCUGUGCUUCAGUGGUCAGGUUUGCUGGGAUGAUGAGCUUUUUGGUCAGUGUCUUACACAAAAGAAGGAAAGGUUUCACUACAGGGUGACUACAGUUCUACUGGACAGACUGCAGUCAUUACUGCAGACACUUAUGAAGGAAGGAUUAACUUGGCAGGAUGAUGUCACCCAAUCAAUGAUUAAGAAAGAGCUUAGCAAAGUUCCGAAGAUCCCAAUUUCUUCUGGGAUAAAGAAUGGCCCAUCCACAGAGUCUCAGAGUGGCCAAACAAUCCAGCUCAAGCCCAAAAUGGUGGAGCCCUAUAUGGACUACAUGAUUGUUGAUCCACCUCAGUCAUCUCUCCAUAUGCAGAGUCUGGAUCCUUAUAGUUACCAGAGAUAUGGUUACCAAGAUGAAGAGGAGCGUUCUUUGAACCUGGUAGAGGGAGGCAGGUACCCACCAGCCUCCACUCAUAUUAGGGGAAAUUCACCACUUCCUCCAUCUCUAGAUAAAGAUGAUCAGCUUCUGCAGGAUCUGAUGACUCUCCUCCUUUCUUCGCCUGCACAGCCCACAUCACGCCAUGGUGUGGCAGCACCUCACUCCUCCUCAUCUUUUUUCCAGGAUCUGGACUUUCCGCUUGACUACAAGGACUAUAACAAAGACUUAUUUUCCCAGGAUGAAAAGAUCAAUAGCCAACAGGAGCAAAAGAAAGGUCCUCAGAAGUAUGGAACCACUCAACAGAGCCUAAAUGAGCUGCUCCUGCAACAUGGAUUUGAUCUAAACCAUCUGAAACCUGAAGAGAUGGAGCGUCUAUUUACUGUCCUUCAGCUCCUGCAAAAUGAACCAACAAACAAUCAGAGAACACCUGAAACAAAGGAUUCCUCUGUCUCUCCAAAAGUGAUGAAGAUUACGGAGGGGGAGAUGACCCAUGUGGUGGAGAAGGCUUCUGCCCCAGCUACAAAUUCCUCCAAUUCUUCACUCAACGGGGCCAAAACCUCUCCGGAAGGUUCCCAAGGGGCUUCCCAGGAUAACUCCAUCCCAAUAGGUUCUAGUGUACUAGGGCCUUCAUCUCUCAAACAAGAGGAUGGACAACUUGGAAAGGGAGCCUUGAGUGUGAAGCCAGGAAAGAAUGAAACCAAGUUAAAGGAGGAAUUUGGAUACAUUGUCACAAAUCAGAGCCUUCUCACUCUGUCCAAUGGGGUUCAUCUACUGAAGACCCUUGCUGAGAGGAUCCAUCUCACCACUGGCUCUUUCAUCAAUAUCAGUGUGGUUGGUCCAGCUGUCACUUUCCGGGUGCUCCCAAACAGCCAGAAUUUAACAGCAAGUGAGGUAUCCGAAAAAGCUGUGGCUCAAAAGGUCCUUCUAGAAUCUGAGACUGGUCUAAAGGUGCUUCAGGCAGGUGUUGGGGAGAAGAGUGAUGGUCAUGCGUUGCCAGUGGCAACACGUGUACGUGACAACACCCAGUGGGUGUUCCUCAUGUUUGUGGGUGUGGCUUGUGUGGGUGGACUCCUGGUGGGGGCCCUGACCAUCGCCUGCCUGCGCACCCAUGCCCGCCAGUUGGCCUCAGGGAAACUGGGACUUGGACCUGAAGCAGGAAAUGUGACGCAUUAUGAGUACCAGGAUCUUUGUCGACAGCACAUGGCUGCUAAGUCCUCUCUCGGAAGGCAGGACUGCGGGGUCGGAGCUGCAACUGGUGCCAGUCCAGGAGGAGGAGGUGGGGGAGGAACGGAUACGUCACGAGUCAGCAGUGUGUCCUCACAGUUCAGUGAUGCACCUCAGCCAAGCCCUAGUUCGCACAGCAGCACCCCCUCCUGGUGUGAGGAGCCAGCGCAGUCUAAUAUGGAUAUCUCCACGGGCCAUAUGAUACUGGCAUAUAUGGAGGAUCAUCUGAAGAAUAAAGACCGUUUGCUCAAAGAGUGGGAGGCUCUGUGCUCCUAUCAGGCAGAACUCAGCACCAUCUCAGCUGCCCAGAGUGAAAGUAAUGUCAAGAAGAACCGCUGCGCCGAUGCUGUGCCCUAUGACCAUUCAAGAGUGAAGCUGAAGGCUGAGAUUAACCCCUCCAGGACAGAUUACAUCAAUGCCAGCACCAUUAUCGAGCAUGACCCCCGGAUGCCUGCGUAUAUUGCCACCCAAGGUCCUCUCUCACACACUAUCUCUGAUUUCUGGCAGAUGGUUUGGGAGAGCGGGUGUACAGUCAUAGUGAUGAUGACGGCUCUGGUUGAGGAUGGAGAAAAGCAGUGUGAUCGCUAUUGGCCCGAUGAGGGCUCUUCUCUCUACCACAUUUAUGAGGUGAACCUGGUGUCUGAGCAUAUCUGGUGUAAUGACUUCCUUGUGCGGAGUUUCUACCUGAAGAACGUCCAAACCCAGGAAACUCGUACUCUCACUCAGUUCCACUUCUUGAGCUGGCCUGCAAAGGGAAUACCCACCUCCACACGGUCUCUGCUGGACUUCCGCAGGAAAGUCAAUAAGUGCUACCGUGGCCGCUCCUGCCCCAUCAUUGUGCACUGCAGUGAUGGUACAGGCCGGACUGGAACAUACAUCCUGAUUGACAUGGUUCUGAACCGCAUGGCUAAAGGAGUAAAGGAGAUCGAUAUUGCUGCAACCCUGGAACACAUUAGAGACCAGAGGCCAGGAAUGGUGCGCACCAAGGAUCAGUUUGAGUUCGCACUGACCGCUGUGGCUGAAGAGGUUAAUGCUAUUCUCAAAGCUCUACCGCAGUGAAACGAAUGCCCAUGACUGAGCAGGCACACAAACGCAUACAUACACACUUAUAAAUUACAUAGCAACUUCAUGCAUGUGUGCAUACAUGCCUUAUGUGGCCACCGAGUAUUAGGGAUGUGCAUGAGUAAUCAAUACUCUCUUACUAAAUCUUUUACUUAAAUCGAGUUACAGCUAAAGUGUGUUGGGUUGCACUGUGGUAUAGAGGGGUGAGAGAUUUUAUUGUGCCAUAUUUUAAUCUUUAUGGUUCUUGUUAGAGUCAUGCUUUCCACUAGAUAAAGAUCCACUUUUAUGGUGCCAAGUGCUUAACUACAAGAGUUGUGAGAAACUAUUUGUGCAGCCUUUUUUUCCGCAGAAGAUUCUGCUAUUAGCAAAUUAAAAUGUCAACUUUUAGCACUUGUAUUUCUGAAUAAUAUUAAGUUCAAUUUUAAAAUAGGUAAAUAUCAGAUAAAAAAACAUUAAAAUCAGAUUUUCUUUUAACCCAGUGGGUAAUCUGGGUGAGUUUUUUUUUUUUAGACAGGCAUAGUUUAAUUUAUUUUGUGAAAUCAUUAUAAGCAUUAUGUAGGCUUAUGUUUGUGAUUAAAACAGAAAAAUAACGUGUUAUAUUAAAUGAUUCUUGUUUUCAGUGUUACAGUACUUACUCCGUGCCAUCCCUACUCAUUUUUGCUGCUUUCCUGCACUUAUACACUGAAAACCACAUAUCCCAACCAGUUCUGCCCAAUAUUACCUUCCUACAGCAUGUAAUAUUAAAUCUCCUUUAAAUUAAUGCUCAUAGACACAAAAAUAUACUACUUGGACCUAUAUUUAAGAUCUUCAGGAUCAGAUUUCUUCCUCGCCUUCACUCUUAGUAACAAAGAUGUAAUUAUCUAAAGGGAAGUGCAUUUUACGCAGCCCUCUGUUUCACCGUGGUAUGACUUAGUCCUGUUAUGUACACUUCAUCAGUGUUAUGUGAUUUUGCUUCACAAUCCUCUUGUUUACUUUGGAGGAAAAACAGAAAGUGUCAUGAGCAUAAGCGUUGCUGUUGUCGGGUCUCCUGUUCAACUUAAGCCAUGGUCAAGUGUAGGCUUGCAUGGAAUGUGUGCCCUCAGAAUUCUAAAAAUGCCUCAGCUUCUUGCAUGUUCACUGAUUUCCAUUUUAAAGUUUUAAUCUAUUACACAGAAUUAUGACAACUGCCCACACAAGCAGAACAUAAUGUGGAAAAAAAGUUUAGAUUCCAUUUGAGCCUAUACAUGUGUCUCCACAGUUAAUCCACAUUUCAGUGACAAAUCCAUUACACUUAAUUUCAUGAGAACUCAAGUCGAAUGCUAUUGUGACAGCAAGAAUGUGUUGAUUCUGAAGAACAUGCUGUGAAAAUUAUAGUGAAGCCAGAGAGAUAGAAUUCCCUCUUUUCCUUUCCUUGGUCGAAAUCUCUUUCUCUACUUUGCUAUCUUUCUGGUUAUUGUGGUCUGUUUAAAUGUUCUAUUCUUCUUGCAUAUCAAAAAAAAAAAAAAAAAUUAAAAAACAUAUUUUGUAUCUUGUGAUGACUAAUAAAACUUAAGUGAUGCAGCAGCA